CAAGCAACACAAAAUCAAUCGAUGACAGCGACGGAUUUUCCCUUGGAAGUCGCUGACGACAUUUUGUCAAUAAAUUGUAAAAUUCAAUAGGAUUUUGUAAAGUUUUGGUAGUGUAUAGUGUUAAAUAAGCCACUAAGAUGGCAGAUAAUGAACAGAAAGCUAUACAAUUAAUGGCCGAGGCGGAGAAGAAGCUGAGUUCUUCAAAAACUUUCUUUGGAUCACUUUUCGGUGGUUCAUCGAAGGUCGAAGAGGCAGUGGACUGCUACCUUCGGGCGGCGAACCUGUUCAAAAUGGCGAAGAAGUGGGCGCAGGCUGGGCAAGCGUUCUGCGCCGCUGCCAACCUCCACCUGAAGGCAGGCGUCCGUCACGACGCAGCCACCAACUAUGUCGACGCCUCAAAUUGUUACAAGAAGUGUGAUCCUAAUGAGGCUGUCUCCUGUCUCCUGAAAGCGAUUGAGAUUUACACCGACAUGGGAAGAUUCACUGUAGCUGCUAAACAGCAUCAGAACAUAGCAGAGCUCUACGAGACGGAGUGCGUGGACCUGUCGCGCGCGAUGCAGCACUACGAGCAGGCAGCCGACUACUUCCGCGGCGAGGAGUCCACCUCCUCCGCCAACAAGUGCAUGCUCAAAUUGGCGCAGUACGCCGCCCAGCUGGAGCACUAUGACAAGGCCAUUCAGAUCUAUGAACAGAUCGCCAAGUCCUCCCUAGACAACAGCCUCCUGAAGUACAGCGCGAAGGAGUACAUGUUCCGCGCGGCACUCUGCCACCUCUGCGUCGACAUACUCAACGCUCAGCAUGCCGUCGAGAAGUACUGCGGACUCUACCCUGCCUUCGCUGACACUAGGGAGUGUAAACUGAUUAAGGAAUUGAUCGAGCACUUGGAGGAGCAGAAUGUGGAUGCGUUCACCGAGGCAGUGAAGAAUUACGACAGCAUAUCUCGACUGGAUCAGUGGUAUACAACGAUGCUCGUGCGCAUUAAGAAACAGAUCAACGACAACCCCGACCUGCGUUGAGUCAGUCGCACGUCUAUGCCCGCCGCACCCGUAUGCGUAGCGUGAGUGGCAAGCCUUAUUUCAUUUAUUACCAUACACAAAAAUACUACUAUAUUUUUUUCAAUUGGCAACAUUUUUAACAUUUAGAAUCAGAAUCUUCCACUUUUUAUUGACAGUUGAUAUAAACAUGCGUUGUCUAUAACCCGUUUAGUUACCUAUAUCAUGUAUUAAAGAAUCGAAUUCGUUUUUAGGGGAAAUAUCAAUGUAUGUCCAACUGUCAGUUCUAACAAUAUAAUGUAAGUUAAUUACAAUUUUGUGUUUAAAUUUCUUUAAAAAUGAUGCGAGAAGUACAAUUGGCAUGUCAAAAUCAAAACGCGACAUGAAUAUUUGAACAAUACCCUUCCUUCAGUCGGGUAAAAAGACGUAAUAUAAUGAUCCAAUCAUGACAGCCGUCACUUUGACGUUGUCAUGGUUUUGUCUAUGGGUAUCCACAGAGUAUAAAUGGAUGAUCGCAGCAAUCGAUGCUCAAUGAAUGCUUGCAUAACGGUUAGAGGCGACGGGCGAUAUAAUGUUUCCUUUUUUAUCAUAAACUCCGUAGAAUAUUUCAUUAUGCCUAUUUCAAUGUAACAAGUUAGGCAAACAAGUGUUCGUGUCACAUUAUUUAAUAGAAAACUUAGUUUUUUUCGUAGAAAUAAAUUGAUAUAAAUGUUGACUGAUAGCGGUUAAAGGAGAGUAGAUUACUUGGCGGUUAUGCUA